AUGAAGUUUCCAAACUCUAAGGUAUUUAGGGAGGCAUUGAGGAAAUAUGCUAUAAAGAAGCCAGUAGAUUUCAAGUUCAAGCUGAAUGAGAAGAAGAUAUCAGUUUAUUGCAUAAAUGAAUGUAGAUGGAGGUGUUAUGCAUCUCAACUAUUUGGGGAGUUGACAUUCGAAAUAAAAACAUUCAAUCCAGAGUGCACCUGCCCUAGAUCCUUCAAACACAGCCAAGUGACUUCAAGUUAUGUUACAAAGAAGUUUAUGCAGAAGUUUGAUAAAAAUCCCAAUUGGAAAGUGGCUGGUGUUCAACAUCAUGUGAAGCAAGCACUUGAAAUUGACAUAAGUUAUAGUCAGGUGUAUAGGGCAAAAAAGAAAGUUAUUGACUUGAUUACUAGGGAUGAACAACUGCAAUAUGAGAAGCUUAGGGAUUAUGCAGAAAUGAUAAGAUUGAAUGAUAAAGGAAGUAGGGUUAUUUUGCAAAUUGAAAUGGAAGAUGAAAAUGCACAGCCCAAAUUUAAGAUAAUGUAUAUCAAGUAUAAUGCACAAAAAGUUGGUUUUUUAGGAGGUUGUAGACUAAUCAUUGGUUUAGAUGGAUGCCACUUGAAAGGGAGAUUUGGGGGGCAAAUACUUUUUGCCAUAGCUAGAAAUGCAAAUGAUAACAUUUUCCCAGUUGCAUUUGCUGUUGUUGAGCAAAAGAACAACGAUUCAUGGGUAUGGUUUCUACAGCAGUUUUCAGAUGACAUUGGGAAUUCAGGGCAACUUAAUUUGGUUUUCAUCACUGAUAGACAAAAGCCAAGUGCAUCUGUGAGCACAAGUGAUGUACCAAGUCAAGGAAGUGGUGGUGGUGUUGCUAGGGGGUUUAAAGGCAGAAAGUGUGCAUUGACACAGCAAUUCUUGUUCCAUGUUCCAUAUAUAUUCCAUUUAUGGGCAAGGCAAAUAGACAUAAGAAUUGGAAAUACAGGUAAUGGAAAUGAGAAUGGCUACAAAAUGAACUAUGUGAUUAGUAGCACCUGUGUCUAUGAUCCAAUUAGAGGAAUUGAAAGCUGA